CGCCAGGUUGGCCCAGAAAGCACAUGCAGAGAAAAGCUGGAAAAAACCAUCAUUCUAUACACUAAAGUUUUGUUAGACUUCCUGGAGUAUCAUCCGUGUGCAUUCAUACCCCUAAUCCAGCGCUCGCUUGAAUUUGCCGUCAGUUAUGUGUUCACACCUGCCGGAGAGGGCGUGACCUUUGAGCGCUUCACUGUUCAGUGCAUGAAUCUCAUCAAGAUGAUUGUAAAGAACGAUGCCUACAAACCUGCCAAGAACAUUGAUGACAGCAAACCCGAGAGUCUGGAGGCUCACAAGAUCAAGACUGCCUUCUUUACUCACCCCACGCUGACCGAGAUUGGACGUCGGCUGGUUUCACACUACUUCCUUCUCACUGAAGAAGAACUGGCAAUGUGGGAGGAGGACCCUGAGAGCUUUGCUGUUGAAGAAACUGGUGGUGACUCCUGGAAAUACAGUCUGCGACCAUGUACAGAGGUAUUGUUCCUGGAUAUCUUCCACAACUACAGCCAGACUUUGACCCCAGUGCUGCUGGAUAUGGUACAGAAUCUGCAGGGCCCAACCAACGUGGAGGACCCGGUCCAGCUGCUGAUGAAGGAUGCAGUUUACAAUGCAGUCGGACUGGCGGCUUAUGAACUCUUUGACAAUGUGGACUUUGACCAGUGGUUCAAGAAUCAGCUUCUGGGAGAGCUGCAAGUCAACCAUCACAGGUACAAGUUGAUACGCAGACGAGUCAUCUGGCUAAUAGGACAGUGGAUCUCGGUUAAAUUCAAAUCUGACCUGCGACCUUUACUCUACGAGGUUAUCCUGAGCCUCAUGCAGGAUCCCGACCUGGUGUAUCUGGAUUCCAUCUUUGGGCUGCUCUUCCAGCUGUUGCAGCAGGUUACGGAGUGCGAUACUAAAAUGCAGGUGCUCCACGUCAUCUCCUGCGUCAUCGAGAGAGUCAACAUCCAGAUCCGACCGUACGUUGUCUGUCUGGUUCAGUAUCUACCCCUGCUCUGGAAGCAGUCAGAAGACCACAACAUGCUACGAUGCGCCAUACUCACAACACUUAUCCACUUGGUGCAGGGCCUUGGGGCAGAGAGCAAGAAUCUCUACUCUUUCCUUCUUCCUGUCAUCCAGCUGAGCACUGACGUUUCUCAACCGCCACAUGUGUAUUUGCUAGAGGAUGGGCUGGAACUUUGGUUGGUGACUUUGGAGAACAGCCCAGCCAUCACCCCAGAACUGCUCAGAAUCUUCCAGAAUAUGUCUGCUUUGCUGGAGUUGAGCUCGGAGAAUCUUCGUACGUGCUUUCAGAUUGUCAAUGCCUACAUUUAUUUAUCUGCCACGGAAUUCCUGCAGAACUAUGGAGAAUCAUUAUGUAGAUCGUUUUGUGAUCUACUGAAGGACAUCACAAAUGACGGACAGGUUCAAGUGCUUAAGGUGGUAGAAAUAGCUUUAAAGGUUAGCCCCAUACUGGGAGCCCACAUGUUUCAGCCCCUGCUGCCAGCUGUCUUCCGAGGUAUAUUGGACGGUGAGCGUUAUCCGGUGGUGAUGUCCACAUACCUCGGCAUCAUGGGCCGUGUUCUGCUCCAGAACGCCAGCUUCUUCUCCUCUUUACUCACACAAAUGGCUUCUGAAUGCAACCAGGAGAUGGACCAGUUGUUUGGCAGUGUGAUAGAGAUGUGGGUAGACCGCAUGGACAACAUUACUCAGCCUGAGAGGAGGAAGCUGUCAUCUCUUGCUUUGCUUUCUCUGCUACCCUCUGACAACAGUGUGAUCCAGGACAAGUUCUGCGGCAUCAUCAACAUCUGUGUUGAAGCGCUUCAUGAUGUGAUGACAGAAGAUCCUGAAACGGGCACCUUCAAAGACUGCAUGCUGAUGAGUCAUUUUGAAGAGCCAAAGCUAAGCGACGACGAGGAGCCACCAACUGAGCAGGAUAAGAGGAAGAAA